AUGCAUACUCACGAGGCCCCUUCUCCGAGUGAGUCGGGCUCCGCAGAUACCGUCUACUCCCCCGAGUUGGAUCGCCCUAUCAACCCCAUCUUCAGUCAAGAAAAAGAUGCCGCUGCGCAGGAGAUCGAAUACCUCUACCUCGAGCUGGAAACACCCUUACCGACACCGUUAAUCACUGCACCCCCGGGUCCCGGUCAAUCGCCCCCUCCCGAACCCCCGAGUCUCGAGAAAUACACCUCCCCGUUCCUCUGGCCGAAAUGGCGCAAGUGGAUGAUGACAUGGAUUGCGUGCGCAGUGACCGCACUGGCUGGUUAUUCGGCAGGCGAGGUCAACCCAGCAUCGACGGAGCUGACGGCUGAGUGGGGGAUUAGUGCGGUGGUAUACGAUCUGAGCAUUACGAUUUUCUGUGUCGGUUUUGCGCUGGCACCGAUGGUUCUGGCGCCCUUUUCGGAAAUUAAUGGUCGGCGACCGAUUUUUGUCGCAAGUGGUGUGCUUUUUACUGCGUGCAUUAUUGCUUGCGGAGGCACGCAUGUUUUCGCAGGACUUAUUAUUGCGCGACUGUUUCAGGGUGUGGGUGCAUCGACCUUUUCGACCAUGGUUGGUGGUGUGAUUAGCGACAUUUUCCAUGCCGAGGAACGCAAUACCCCUAUGGCUUUGUUCUCCGGUGCCGCGCUCUUUGGAACUGGAUUGGCGCCUUUAUGCUCCAGUGCGAUCGUAGCGCACACGUCCUGGCGCUGGAUUUACUGGUCGCAUGCCAUCGUGUCAGCUUUCUUCGUGGUGGUCAUCUAUUUCUUCUUCAAAGAGACGCGCGGAAGUGUCCUGUUGAGCCACAAAGCAAAGGCCGUUAACAACUACUAUGAGCAGCUCGAGGCUGCUGGGCACUUUGGAGUCAUCAUGGGCGAGAAGAACGAGGCCAAACGAAUCAGAUGGAAAGUGAAGAGUGACGAGCAGCGCGAGUCUCUUGUGCAGAUGAUCAGCAUUUCCUGCUAUCGUCCAUUCCACAUGCUCUUCACAGAACCUGUGGUCUUCUUUUUCUCCCUCUGGGUAUCUUUUAGCUGGGCUGUUCUGUACCUGCAGUUCGGUUCGAUUCCCUUGGUUUUCAAAACCAAUCACCAUUUCACUACCGAGCAGACUGGAGCUGUCUUUGCCUCGAUGUGUGUUGGUGCCAUCAUUAUCACGGUCGUCAGCAUCUUGCAAGACAAGAUCGCCAACAAGUACGGAUUUCUCCCCAAGAAACCCGAGGCUCGACUGUACUUUGUCUGCGUUGAAGCCAUUCUGAUGCCCAUCGGACUGUUCUGGUUUGGCUGGACUUCAUACUCAUCUGUUCCGUGGAUUGUCCCGACGCUGGCAAUUGCCUGCGCUACCAUGGGAAUAUUCGCGGUCUACCUGGCCGUGUUCAACUACCUGGCGGAUACCUACCAUCGGUAUGCCAGUUCUGCGAUUGCUGCCCAGUCGUGCUGCCGAAACCUGCUGGGUGGUGUUUUCCCUCUCGUCACCAAUGCCAUGUUCACCAACCUCGGAUAUCCUGGUGCAUCGAGUCUUCUUGGUGGAAUUGGCCUUCUUCUGACUCUAGUACCAUGGGUUCUUGUCUUAUACGGCGGUCGGAUCCGCGCGAAGAGCAAGCUCGCGAGUGAACUCGCGCGCUAG